AGACACGUAAGACAGGUUGUCGCCACUCGAGAAGCUGAUUUGGUCCUUCAAGGAGGACACCUCUCCUCAUCCAAGGAUAUUCGGAACGAGAGGACCUGCCCAGAGUUCCUGCAACCAUCUGGUUCCUCCAUCGUCCACCAAGAUGGCCAUCCUUCUUUCCCUGCUUGUUAUCCUCGCCUGUCUGUCGGGAUCCUUCGGCGAAGAAGAUCUCCAGAAGAAAGUCUUCGUUUUCCCGGCAGCUUCUCGCAAGGCCUUCGUGCGUCUGAACGUCCAUCUUCCGCAGCCCCUGACCAGCCUCUCCGUCUGCCUGAAACACCACUGCCCGCUUUUGCGCCCUUAUUCCCUCUUCUCUUACGCCACCCGGUCCAGCGACAACGAUUUCCUGAUUUUUAAGGAAGAGCCCAAUGUCUAUUCGAUUAGCGUCGGCGGCUCAGACGUACGUUUCAAGAUCCCUAGGCAAGAUAUUCCCCGUUGGGAGCACAUCUGUGUCUCUUGGGACUCCAGAAAUGGGUUGAUUUAUUUUUGGCUCGACGGAGUUCUCCUGCCCCGCUUGGGAACCAAAAGGGGUCACAAAAUCAGCCACCAGGCAUCCAUCAUCUUGGGGCAGGACCAGGAUACCUUCGGAGGGGGCUUUGACAUCUACCAAUCCUUUAUGGGGGACAUGUCGGAGGUCAACAUGUGGCCUCGAGUGUUGACCACCGAUGACGUUCGGUUGCUUAUGAAAGACGACACCGUACCAAAUCCUCUGGCCAGCUGGAAUGCUUUUAAUUACACAAUUCAAGAUUAUGUGGUCGUGACGGAUGAAGUGCCUUAGCUGUCUCCAAAAGGAAGACCCGCGUUUGAAAGAAAGAAAAAAAGAAAGGAAAGGAAAGGGAAAAAAAAGAAAUGCGUAGUUUUUAGUGUAUUGCAAAUUUGAAGUAGACAGCGAUUGAUCGGUAGAUCCUCCGCGCGUGAAAAAAAUCACUUGCGGGCAUUCGAAUCUCCUCGCAAUAAAAAUAAGCCGCUUGUUCACGAUAA